GUCAUCACACGGAAGUUAAAACCGACUGCAUUGACAGUGUCGAAAUGUUGAGACAGGAUUCAGAAGCAGAGGCUCCACUCUUUGGCGACGAUGAGGAUACACAUACAGCGAGUCAGAGGAAGUCCAAAAUCAAGUACCCCGUGGCCACAUUCUUCCAUCUCUUCUUUCGCACAUGUGCCAUCCUUGUCUACCUGCUGUGUGAAAUAGUGAGCAGUAGCUUCAUUGUUUGUAUGGUCACCAUCAUUCUCCUCCUCUCAUGUGACUUCUGGACAGUGAAGAAUGUAACUGGCAGGUUGUUGGUGGGCUUGAGAUGGUGGAACCAGGUGGAUGACGAUGGAAAGAGUCAUUGGGUGUUUGAGUCCAGAAAGACAGGUAGCAGAAAUGGUGCCUCUAACUCGGAGUCCCGGAUCUUCUGGCUCGGAUUGGUUGUGUGUCCUCUUUUCUGGGUCAUUUUUGUGUUCAGCACCAUAUUCUCCCUCAAAAUCAAAUGGCUGGCAGUGGUAAUCAUGGGUAUGGCCUUACAGUGGGCCAACUUGUAUGGGUAUGUUCGAUGCAAAGUAGGGGGCAAGACCAACUUGAGAAGCAUGGCAACCAACUACCUUGGUGCCCAGUUCUUUAAACAGGCAAUCGCAAAACAUGAGGGGCCCUAGGGUUGCCUGGAAGAAGCCAUUGGAUUGGCAUUGCGGCCUAUGUAGCCUACAUCAAAUGUUGUUAUUCAGAUAAGCCUAAAUGAGGCAUACAGUUAUUGUUUCUUAAUUCCUGUUAAACAGGUGGAGGGUAUCUCUCUAUUAUAUGAGGGGUUAUUUAGCAAUAGUUUUGAAUAGGAUACAUUUAUUUUUGGUGUAAUUAGAAUUAUUUUCCCUUGUGUGAUCACACCACAAUCUAUUUACAUUUAGAUGAUUGAUACAUUCCUCUGAAAUGCAUGCAUCUGCUU